AUGACGGCGGUGACGGUGUCUGUCCUCGUCCUCACCUGUGUCCUCGGUGUCUCAGCUGGAGGUCUUCAUGUGGACCUUGCCAUCAAUGGCUGUUCUGACACUGAUGGAGAAGUGGCAUACAAUCUGGAUGGUGAAGAGAUGUGGUACGCUGACUUUGUCAACAAGAGAGGAGUGGAUCCUCAGCCCAGUUUCAUUGAUCACUUUAUUUAUGAAGAAGGAACUUAUACAGGGGCUGAGGCUGAUCAACAGAUCUGUAGAUCCAACCUGAAAAACAGCCGUAGUGGAAUGAAGGACAUCCCAAAGGAAAAAGAUCCUCCCUCCACUCCCAUGAUCUACUCCAGAGACGUGGUGGAGACUGGGGCAGAGAACACACUCAUCUGUCACGUGACCGGUUUCUUUCCUGCUCCUGUCAAAGUCAUGUGGACCAAGAACAACCAGAAUGUGACUGAAGGAGUCAGUAUCAACGUUCCCUAUCCAAACGAUGACUCUUCCUUCAGACAGACGUCCAGACUGGAAUUUGUCCCACAACCUGGAGACAUCUACAGCUGUUCAGUUCAACAUCCAGCUCUGCAUGAACCACUGACCCAGAUGUGGGAGGUGGAAGUGGAGCAGCCCAGUGUUGGACCGGCUGUGUUUUGUGCUGUUGGUCUGACUCUUGGUCUCUUUGGUGUGGCUGCCGGAACCUUCUUCCUCAUCAAAGGAAAUGAGUGCAGAUGA